AUGGUGGAAUUGGAAAAAACCGCUAAACUAAUUCAAUACUAUCUUACUCUCCUUGCGUCCGAAAAAGCACAGCGCGCAGCAGAUUAUCAACCCUCAGACUGGGAAUUACUUACCCCAGACGAACAACGCGCUAGAGCCCUCAAACGCGUAGAGAUCAGAGAAGAAGAGAGAAUCGCCAACCUGUUGCUCUGGAAUUCUGUCAAAAGAGAUCAUAAAGCCAAACACCGCUUACUUCUAACUGAACUUCGAGAUAAAAGACUCGCUAGAAUGUCUGCCACCUCCAACUCCAGCGCUGCGACCACCCCAGCCGCCGGCACUACUCCCGUCGCUGAGACUGCUGCUAACAGUCCCAAUACCGGUCGAACAAUCCAGACCUCCACGGCCCCUUACCCCCAGCCACUCGACCGCGGCGCGGCCAAUCAGCUGGAGGAACGCGUGAACAGAUUGAAACUGAUCACCAUCCAGAAGAAGAUGGCGCCAGUAUUGGUCAAGAAACAGACCGAGGCGACGUUGGCCGAGAACGGCUCAACUCCGGCCGUCGAGACUCCAGCCACGGCUCGAAUGACUCAAACCGCGGCGAAGACUACCACGAGUUCAGUCGAGAAAGCGCCGGACGCGAUGGAUAUAGAUCCUCGAGCGUCGAGCUCCUCGGCGGAUAUCCAGCAACGCCCCAAAUCGCCAGAAGUUCGAAUCUUGACGAAAGAAGAGAGAAUUCAACUUCUCGUCAAAGAACACAUAGUUCUUUGGAAGAAGUUCGAAGCGGAUCUACCCUUAGGCGCCAGCGAGGGGAACCGCGCUCUCCUCAAUCGAGCUCAAGAGAGUCAAAGAACUCUCCAGAAGUUAAUACCUCGAGCGGAGGUAGAAGAGUACGUGAAGGGUUGGAACCCUUGGACCGCGAAGAGGGAUCUCUUCCCAGUCCUUCAACAAGAGGGAGGAGGGAAGAAAAGAAGUUCCUCCUCCCGAGCCAACUUCUCUUACAAAGACGCGAAGAUGAACGACCCGCGCCGCUGGAAGAAGCUCAUGAAAGCUUGCCAUACCCUCGAGUCGGGUUACAUGAACAUGGAUUAG